AUGGCAGACAACGGGGCCCGCCAACUCACACAAGCCGAGCUUAUGACCCAGAUGGCCGAGCUCCAGGCAGAGGUCAAAAGGCUAGCCGAACUAUCGCAACAGAACCAAGCCAACAAGCGGGAUGAAAGCAACCCCAAAAGCUCGCCAACGGCCGGGACUGACCUUUUGGUCACCAACCCCCCGAAGGAGAGACUAACCUUGGACAACCCAUUUUCCGAGGAGAUUACCAACUACCAAAUGCCAAAACAUUUUACACUACCUUCCUCACUCGAGCCAUAUAAGGGGAUUGGUGACCCCCGGGCUCACAUUAAGAAAUUCCAGUCCAUGAUGUUCUUUAACGGACCUAAAAACGAACCUAUUCUUUGCAGGGCUUUUCCGACCUACCUUGACGGCGCGGCACUCCUCUGGUUCUCAAAGCUGCCUGAAGGAUCGAUCUCCUCUUUUGAAGAAUUGGCGAGAUCCUUCAUAGAUUAUUUUGCUGCCGCCCGCAUCUACGUGCACGGAUCAGAUUACCUCGGCACCAUCCGCCAGGGUCCACAAGAAAGCCUGAAGGACUACCUAACCAGAUUCGCAGACGCGACGAUGGAAAUACCUGACCUGGAUCCUGCUGUCCAUCUCCACGCCAUAAAGGCCGGCCUCAAGCCAGGAAAGUUCAGAGAAACAAUUGCUGUUACGAAGCCGAAAACCUUGGAGGAAUUCCGAGAAAGGGCCGCGGGGCAGAUGGAAAUUGAAGAACUCCGGGAGGCUGAGAACAAAGAUAGAAGGCAGCCACGAAAGGAAGAGAGCCGAACAAUCAGAUCAGGGGAUGACAGAGGCGUCAGAAAGACGUUUAAACUCACACCGAAGUUUGACAACUACACUAGAUUCAACACUAAGAGAGAAAGGAUCAUAAAGGAGAUACUCAACGCCAAAAUCAUCAAACCCCCUGUCAGAGCCGGAAGUUACCAAGACCAACGGUUCGUGGACAGAACCAAACACUGCGCCUUCCACCAGAAAUACGGCCAUACCACCGAUGAGUGCAUCAUAGCCAAGGACUUGCUGGAAAGACUAGCCCGGCAAGGACUCUUGGACAAAUACAUCGAGGGUUCAAGACAUAGGGGAGCAAAAACGAACUCGGAUGAGCAACAAACUCCAAGAAAAAAAGAAAGUGACAAAUGGCCAAAUAACAACCCCCCAAAAGGAGUCAUCAACUGCAUAUCAGGAGGAUUCGCAUGUGGCGGAGAAACAGUGUCGGCACGGAAAAGAAGCUACCGCACCAUGCUGGCAAUCGAACAAACAACCCCACACAACCAUACAGAAGUCGACAACCUCGAAAUCACCUUCAAUCAAUCAGACGUGUACUCGGCCGCACCAAAUGCAGACGACCCCGUGGUAAUUUCCAUCCAAACAGGAGAUCUAUUGGUAAGAAAAGUCCUUCUGGACCCAGGGAGUAGUGCAGACGUCCUUUUCUAUUCUACCUUUUUAAAAAUGAACUUGUCUGAAAAACUAAUACAACCUUCAUCCGGAGAACUCGUGGGAUUCUCCGGAGAAAGGGUACCAAUAAAAGGAUACAUAUGGUUAAAAACGACGAUGGGUCAGCACCCACUAUCCAGAACAUUCGAUAUACAGUAUCUGAUAGUGGACUGCAGCAGCCCUUACAAUAUUAUUCUCGGGAGACCAGCUCUGAACAUGUUCAGAGCGGUAAUAUCAACCUUUCAUCUGUGUGUUAAGUUUCAGGCACAGGACGGCAGAAUAGCAACGAUUCAUUCAGAUCGCCAACAAGCUCGGCAAUGCUACAACUCCAGCCUAAAAAGGUCGGACACGAAACAAAAGCAACACGAAGUCAAAACAGUACAAACUCGGGAGGAGAUCCUGUCCCACGCCGAGCUUGACCCCCGAGAACACACACAAGAAAGACCUCAACCGACGGAUGAGCUUCAGAAAAUCCAACUGACAUCAAAGUCAGAACAGGUAACAUACAUUGGUCAAGCGCUACAGGAACAAGAAAGGUCGGACCUCAUAAAACUGCUACGAAACAAUUCUGACCUAUUCGCCUGGACUCCAGCAGACAUGCCAGGAAUAAGUCCCGAUGUCAUUUGCCACAAACUCGCCACUAACCCAACAAGCCGACCUAUAGCCCAGAAGAAAUGA